ACUAUUUGUUUUAUAUAUGUGUCUAUUUUCUUGUAUCUUUAGAUUAGUACAAUUAUUGUUAAAUAAAGCCUUAAUCAAGAGGUCAAUCUUUUUAUUAGUUCAUUACAAUUUAUUUAACAAACAUAUAAAAUUAUUGGGAAAUGUCAAAGAUCUUAAAACCGACGAGACUUGAUCUUGAUCAUAAUGCACCAACUGCUUCAAAAGAAUGGAAGCAUUGGAAACGAACAUUUGAAAAUUUCAUUGAAGAUUGUGGAGAGGAUGCUCCAGACAAAUUUCGCUCUAUCAUUAAUUUUGUUUCAUCAAAUGUUUAUGAUUACAUUGAAGAGUGUGAUUCCUAUGAAAGUGUAAUUGAAACCUUAGAAAACUUAUAUAUAAAAACCCCUAAUGAAAUUUUUGCAAGGCAUCAAUUACUUGCAAGGCAUCAAACAUCGAGUGAAUCCUUAGAAGACUUUCUUCAGGAACUACGUAAACUCAGUAAAAACUGUAAUUACAAGGAUGUUUCACGUGAACAAUAUCGAGAGGAACAAAUAAGAGAUGCUUUUAUUUCUGGAAUAAAUUCGAAUUACAUUCGUCAACGACUUCUUGAAAAUUCAACAUUGAAUUUGCAAUCAGCAUUUAACCAAGCUCGUUCUCUUGACAUUGCACAAAGAAACUCAGAUUCUUAUAUGCAGAAAACAUCCUCCUUUUCCUCCAAUUUAAAUAUUGCUGCCGCUAUAAAAUUACCAGAAGAACCCUCAGCAGCACUCAAUGCUAUGACUAUUAAUCCUCAAACAAAAUGCAUUUAUUGUGGUAAUCCAUCUCACAACCAACGUAAUCAAACCUCUGCUAGGAAAAAUUGUCCAGCUCAAAAUGUAACCUGUUUUAAAUGUGGAAAAAAAGGUCAUUUUUCGAAAGUUUGUCUUGGCAGACUGAUGAAUAUAACCCACAGUGUUUCAGCUGCAAUACAUAAACCAAGUUUGUGUACUGUUUCAAGUGGUUGUCCGUUGAGUCUCUCUCAUGCCGCUGUUAUUGUCAGAAUUAAUGAUGAACCGUUAACUGCACUGAUCGAUUCCUGUAGCUCAGAUAAUUUUAUAAGCAAGAAAAUUAUAGAGACUUUAAAAAUUAAAACGUUACCCAGUAAAAAGAAAAUUUUGAUGGCCCUCACAACAAUGGAGUCUGGAUUAGUGGGCUGUUGUUCGGUUAAUCUUGAAGUAAAUGGUUUAUUUUAUAAUAAUGUUCAAUUUGGUGUCUUAAAAAAUCUUUGUAGUGAUAUCAUACUUGGUUACGACUUCCAAAAACUACACAAAAAUUUAAUAUUCCCACUCGGUGGAGAAAAAGAAGACUUAAUUGUCACAAAGGAAAGUAACCUAUGUGCACUGCAAAUGGCAAAAAUAAAAAUACCAUCCUUGUUUACAAGCAUUUCAGACAAAACUCAGCCAAUAGCUACAAAAUCAAGAAGAUACAAUAAUGAUGAUCGAAGCUUUAUUGAAAGUGAAAUACUACAGUUAUUAUCAGAUGGUAUAAUUGAGCCAUGUUUCUCACCAUGGAGAGCCCAGGUAGUGGUUGUAAAGGAUCUUACAAAAUCUAACAAAAAAAGACUUUGUAUUGAUUACUCUCAAACAGUUAACCUUUACACUGAGUUAGAUGCAUAUCCUCUUCCCAGAAUAGAUGAUAUGAUAAAUGGACUUGCAAAGUACAAAGUAUUCUCUACAUUCGACUUGAAAAGUGCUUACCACCAAAUCCCUAUUAAAACUUCAGACAAAAAGUAUACAGCAUUUGAGGCAAAUGGAAAACUAUUUCAAUUUUGCAGGAUUCCAUUUGGAGUUACUAAUGGUGUGUCUAUGUUCCAAAGGUCUAUGGACAAGUUUGUUAAAGAAGAAAAGUUACAUGACACUUUUCCAUAUCUUGACAAUAUAACCAUUGGUGGUUAUGAUCAGGUACAUCAUAAUAAAAAUUGUCUGCGGUUUCAAGACGCUUCACAACGUUGGGGUCUAACUUUAAAUGAAUCAAAAUCGGUUAUUUCAGCUUCUUCUAUAAACAUUCUUGGUUAUUGCGUUAGUCAUAACAACAUAAAACCAGAUUCUAAGCGAUUACGUCCUUUAGACUUACUACCUCCUCCUUCUAACAUUUUAUCACUUCGGCGAACUUUGGGUAUGUUUUCUUACUAUUCAAAGUGGAUACCUUCAAUUGCUAAUAAAGUUCGGCCUUUAAUUAAUGUUAAAUCCUUUCCUAUCAAUAGUGAGACACUUGAAGCAUUUCAAUUUCUUAAAAGAGAACUUCAUGCUGCCACUUUGAGUUCUAUUGAUGAGAGCUUACCUUUUGUUGUUGAAUGUGAUGCAUCAGAUGUAGCCGUAUCAGCUACUUUGAAUCAAAAUGAUCGUCCCGUUGCCUUUAUGUCUCGAGCAUUAGGCAAAAGUGAAAUCAAUUACCCAUCAGUAGAAAAAGAAGCUGUGGCUAUUAUUGAAGCCGUUCGAAAAUGGCGACAUUUACUGUUACGGAAUCAAUUUAAAUUAAUUACUGAUCAGCGUUCUGUAGCUUUUAUGUUUGAUAAGCGAAAGAAAACAAAGAUUAAAAAUAGUAAGAUUCAGUGCUGGAGGAUGGAGUUAGCAGAGUUUAGUUAUACUAUAUCAUAUUGUCCUGGAAGCGAUAAUAUCGUCCCUGAUGCACUCACACGUGCUUUUUGUGCUACAACCCAAUCUCAAACAAACCUAAGUGGUAUACAUAGCUGUCUAUGUCACUCAGGGGUUACUCGUAUGCUUCACUUUGUUAAAUCUAAAAAUUUACCUUUUUCUACAGAAGAGGUCAAGAGAGUUUGUUCUAACUGCCAGAUUUGUUCAGAAUUAAAACCAAAGUUUUAUCGAUCCUCAAAUGUCUGUGAGUUAAUCAAGUCAAUACGUCCAAUGGAUCGCCUAAGUAUAGAUUUUAAAGGACCAUUACCAUCUAAUUCUAGAAAUAAAUAUCUGUUUACAGUCAUUGAUGAAUAUUCUCGGUAUCCAUUUGCUUUCCCAUGUCCUGAUAUUAGUUCAACAACUGUUGUGAAGUGUUUAGAUCAAAUAUUCUCCUUUUGUGGUUUUCCAACGUACAUUCAUUCCAACAGAGGCUCAUCUUUCAUAUCUAAUGAACUAAAAUCUUACCUUACUCAGAAAGGAAUUGCAACUAGUAAUUCUACCCCAUAUCAUCCUAUCAGUAAUGGACAAGUUGAGAGAUAUAAUGGCUUGAUCUGGAAAAAUAUUUGUUUGGCACUAAAAACCCACAACCUAGAUGUUAGAAAUUGGGAAAUUGUUCUAUUAGACGCUCUCCGUUCGCUACUUUCAACUGCAACUAAUUGUACACCCCAUGAGAGAUUAUUCAGUUUUCCUAGGCGCUCGUCAUCCGGAACUUCGUUACCCUCAUGGUUAACUUCUGGCCCAAUUUUUCUAAGACGUUUUGUGCGUACAAACAAGAACGAUAAUCUCGUGGAUAAGGUUGAAUUAGUGGAUGUAAAUCCAACAUAUGCUAAUAUUCGUUACCCUGAUGGACGAGAGUCAACUGUUUCACUUCAAGAUCUUGCACCGUAUCCUGCCCCAAAAGAAAAGUUUAAUGAUAUCAAUGAGAAUAGUAUCAACGAGUCUAGUGAGAAUGUAACUGCGAAAGUACUUGAUGUAAAUAAAGACCCCUCACCUGAAAUUGCAUCGGAAAUCAGAGUUAGGGUAGAUGAGCCAGUAACUAAGCCGUUUGCUGAUGUAUUACGACGUUCUGCCAGAGCUUGUAAAGCUCUUGUAAAAUAUGAUGACUAUAUUUUAAAAUGA